CGGCCCGGGAGCACUUAGAGAGGUGAGCCGGCAGCCUGCGCAGCGGGUGACUUGGACGCCGGGUUAGGAGUAAAACCCGCAGAGAGCUCCAGACUCCCACUUUGAUCAGAGCACUUGUCCCCCGCGGGCCAUGUCCUGCAGGCACUGAGUGAGCACUGCCCUGGCUCUGGGAGGGCGAGCGGCGCUAUAGCAGCCAUGAGCAGCUUCCAGUUGGAAGACUUUGCCGCGGGCUGGAUCGGAGGUGCAGCCAGUGUCAUUGUUGGCCACCCUUUGGACACAGUCAAGACUCGCCUGCAGGCUGGCGUGGGCUACGGGAACACCUUCAGCUGCAUCCGUACCAUGUACAAGAGAGAGAGUGUGUUCGGCUUCUUCAAGGGCAUGUCCUUCCCCCUGGCCAGCAUUGCUGUCUACAACUCAGUGGUGUUUGGGGUCUUCAGUAACACACAGCGGUUCCUCAGCCAACACCGCUGCGGGGAGCCCGAGACCAGUCCUCGCCACAGCCUGUCUGACCUGCUCCUAGCCAGCAUGGUGGCUGGCAUGGUCUCUGUUGGGCUGGGCGGGCCCGUGGACCUCAUCAAGAUCCGGCUGCAGAUGCAAACACAGCCAUUUCGGGAAGGACUGGAAGGUCUCCUGGGCGUGAGCCAAAGCUGUGCUAACAGGUUUGAAGCAGGGAACAAGAUGAACCCCAGGGAGGCAGCCAACCUCAGUGUGAAGUCCAGGGCAGCGGCUCUUGGGGAGCAGCCAGCCUACCAGGGACCGGUGCACUGCAUCGCGACCAUCGUGAGGACUGAGGGCCUGGCUGGGCUGUACCGGGGGGCCAGUGCCAUGCUGCUGAGGGACAUCCCGGGCUAUUGUCUCUACUUUAUCCCCUACGUGUUCCUGAGUGAGUGGAUCACACCCGAGGCCUGCGCAGGUCCCAGCCCCUGUGCUGUGUGGCUGGCAGGUGGCAUGGCAGGAGCGAUUUCCUGGGGGACAGCGACUCCUAUGGAUGUUGUGAAAAGCCGACUCCAAGCUGAUGGGGUUUAUUUAAACAAAUACAAAGGCGUCCUGGACUGCAUCUCCCAGAGUUACCAGCAAGAAGGCCUCAAAGUUGUAACUGCCCACAUUUGCCAGAGCCCGCUCAGCACCACAUAGGAAGACUCAAGGAGGGAAGCAUCUGAUGAUGUCCCUAGGAAUGUGAGAUAAAUUCAGGUGACAGAGCCGCAGAGGCAGAGUCUAGCGGCUCCUCAGGACAGGCCACGCCUCCUCAGCCAGCGUUUGAGGUUGAGUUCUUCUCACUUUUAGGUGACAGUUUUCCAUAAUGACAAUGGUGGGGGUGGCAGUCAGCAGUGCUGGGUGCUCACCAUGAGUCAGGCGCUGUGUGAGUACUUCAGAAGCAUCUCAUUCAUUCCCUCAAAUAGCAGCUCCAUUUUACAGUUGGGAACGCUGAGUUCCAGAGAGUUUGCUACUCGCCCAGGUAACCCAGCUACUCAUUGGGAAAGCGGUGACCUGACUCCAUAUCUGCAGUUUUAAGGACAGCUGAGUUUUUCACUUGCAGUUUUGGAGAUGUCACAUGAAUGAAGCACCUGUCACCGUGGUGGCAUGGGUGAUGUUCUGCCUACUUAGGAUUUCCAGAUUCCUGAGCCCGUAUGUGUGUGUGUGUGUGUGUGUGUGAGAGAGAGAGAGAGAGACAGAGAGAGAGAGAGAGAGAGAGAGAGAGAGAGAGAGAGAGGACAAUCAAGCAAGUGUAUGCAGGGACUCCACAGUGUCUUAGGGACUCAGUAGUUUGCCUAUGGUCCUAAGUGCCUGUAUAUCAGAGUGGCGGGGGAGGGGGAGGGUGCU